AUGAGUUACUUGCUUACUCGGCCAACUGGGUCAGGUGGCAUAAAAUGCCCAACUGGCUCCUCCGAUGAGGAAGAUGAAGAGUUGAGUGAUAAGGAUGAUGAGAAAGUUGAAGAACCAAAGGAUUUAAUGACUUUUAAUCCAGAUGAAGAGUUGAGUGAUAAGGAAGAAAAUGUGGUCUUACCUGUGGUGUUAAAGGAUGAUGAGAAAAUUGAAGAGCCGAAGUCAUCAAUGACUUUUAGUUCAAUGGAAGAAGUUUGCUCUUAUUAUAGGAGGUAUGCUAAGCAAGCUGGGUUUGGUGUAGCUCAUAGAACCUCGAGAAAAACGAAGGGUAUAAAAAGUUACAUAAUGCUUAUAUGUACUCGUGGAGGUGACGAGCGAGCUACAAAUGAUGUUGCGAAGCCAAUUCCAACAACUAAUAGAACAGGGUGUGGUGCUAGGAUUUGUGCGAAAUUAUGUGGUGAUGGAACGUGGUUUUUGAGUAAAGUUGAGCUGACGCAUAAUCAUUCGUUAAGCCCGGGUAAAGCGAGAUUUUUUAGAAGCAAUAGAAAAAUUAAUGAUGCUGCAAAAAGAAGACUUGAGCUAAAUGAUAGAGCAGGAAUACGUCUGAGUAAGAAUUUCAAUUCGUUACGAAAUGUUUUUUGGGCGGAUGCACGGAGUAGGGCAGCAUAUGAUUUCUUUGGAGAUGUUAUUACGUUUGACACAACGUAUUUGACCAAUAGCUAUGACAUGCCCUUUGCUCCUUUUGUAGGAGUGAAUCAUCAUGGUCAAUCUAUACUUUUGGGGGCAGGACUAAUUUCAAGUGAGGAUACAGACACAUUUGUGUGGUUGUUUAAAUGUUGGUUGGAGUGCAUGAAUGGCCAAGCCCCUAAAGCAAUUAUAACAGACCAGGAUAGAGCUAUGAAAAAUGCAAUUGCUAUUGUUUUCCCUGGAACUCGACAUAGAUAUUGUCUGUGGCAUAUUAUGAAAAAGUUCCCUGAAAAAUUUGGAUCACAUACUAAUUUUGAUGGCAUUAAGAGUGCCAUAAAUAAAUGUUUGUAUGACUCUCAAACGUGUGAAGAAUAUGAGGAAAACUGGAAAGAUCUACUGGAGAAGUAUAACCUUCAUGAUAAUGCAUGGUUGAAUGGGUUAUAUAGGGAGAAGACAUUUUGGGUGCCGGCAUACAUGAAAGAUACGUUUUGGGCGGGAAUGAACACUACACAGCGAAGUGAAAGUAUGAACGCAUUUUUUGAUGGGUACGUGCACUCACGAACCACAUUGAAAGAAUUUGUUGAUGAAUAUGAUAAUGCUUUAAGGAGAAUGGUCGAGAGUGAGACACGUGCUGAUUUUGAUUCUUUCAAUCGCACAAUCUCAUGUAUAAGCGCCUUGCAGAUAGAGAAACAGUUUCAAGUUGUCUACACAAAUGCGAAGUUCAAAGAAGUACAUGAUCAGUUUGUGAAAAUGAUGUCCUGUAAUAACUCUCAUCUCAAAAGUGAAGGUGCAAUUUCCACGUUUGAAGUUAUUGAAUAUGUUGCCGUUGGAGACCACUUAAUAGAAAAAACAUUUCUUGUUUACUUGGUUUAG